CAAAACGCUCAUCCUGACCCACAUACUUCCGCUUUGCUGUUUGAACUGACAGGAGGAAAACAAUGUCUGACGUGGCUAAAGAGAAGGCGGCGCGUCUGCUGAAGAAGAGAGGCAGCGUGUCUUCACUCGGUAGCCAUGAAGUCAAAGCGAGGGAGACAGCUGGCAAGACCAAGGACUCCAUAAGCACAGUGUCCUACAUCGAUGAUCCUGGUCACCACGAUGACAACCCACGCCCCACUGUACAGAUGGAGAACACCUACCAGCUUGGUCCGGUGAAACGUUUCCCGGUGCUCACCGUGAACAACAUUUUGAAGGAUGUGCUGACAAGUUACCUGCAGGAAGAGAAGUAUGAGCCAGAGCUUUGCCGGCAGAUGACCAAGACUAUAUCUGAGGUUAUUAAAGCCAGGGUCAAAGAGCUGAUGAUUCCACGAUACAAGAUCAUCGUGCAGAUCAACAUUGGACAGCUGAAUGACCAAAGCAUGCGCAUUGGAAGCAGAUGUCUGUGGGACCCAACCAACGACACUUUCUCCUCGCACACUUUCAAGAACCGAUCCCUGUUCGCCGUGGCCAGUGUUUACGCUGUGUACUUUGAGUGAGCUGCUGACUUGCUGCAGCCAGCAUGCCUUUGCAAAGGGGAUUUUUGUCUGCAUCGUGUCACAAAUGCCUCAUUUGUAUCAUCAAGCACAGGACCACAGAGAGAGAGCACUCCCACUUGCGCAGCACUCCUGCUCUCUUAUGUUUUUAGCUUUGGUGCUGUGUGCAAAAACACAACAUAUCUGUGUCAUGCACUCAUGUACUCUUCAAGAAUAACAUAGCCACGCACCACUGAGUGAGUGCAUUUUUGACUGAGUAUGAAAAUUAUGAAUAGAGUACUGUUAGUGCAUGUGACAAAAAACCUCCUAUUGUACAUCUCCAGCAUUUGCAAUAACAUUUAUUAGACAAUAGUAGCAAAAUAAAAUACAGGUAAAGCAUAUACACUUUUCUAAAUGCAGGUAAGGCUUUUUGCAUUGUGGAUCAGCAAAUCAGCACGAGGGGCUUGCUUUUAGCUUUUAGCAAUGAGCUGUGCCAUACAGGAGCUCUAUGUUUCUUCCAUUGUAAGGGAUUCAGACUGGAUGGUACUGUACACAUGAGGGUCAGUUUUCCCUUUAGUGAAGGAUCAGCAGUCUCUCACAAUGCAUCAUACAGAGUACUGUGCAUAAUACACAGAAGCUUGGGAUUUGUGGAGGGGCCUUUGGUCCAACCACUGUGCCACCCUGUCCUUAACUGUGAGUCAUGAAUUCAAGUGAACUCCAGAAUUUUUUUAUUUCCGUCUAUGAGCACUGCUUCAGUGUUAUAACUAUUGAAGUGGACAAUAAUUAUCCAAGCAUUAGAAAGAGUAACACUAGCUCAGUUUCCUACAUCUGUGGAGAGAGGUGUACAGUGGUUAGAUCGAACACACCUCUCACUAUUACUCUCUACAUGUUAUUUGAACUGUGUUAACAGUCCAGUGGUAGA